GCGCGCUUUGGAGGCGGCGGCGGUCGUCCACAGCCCGGUUCCUUUACUUUUGAUUUGCUUGGGUUUUCCCGCUAGCAGGUGCUUCAGGAUGUCUUCAUCACAUUUUGCCAGUCGGUUCAGAAAGGAUUUAACUACUGAAAUGAUUAGGACUAAACUUGCUCAUAGGAAAUCACUGUCUCAGAAACAAAACAGACAUAAGGAAUAUGAACAAAAUAGACGCUUUGGUUUGAAAGAUGUCAACAUUCCGACCUUGGAAGGUAGAAUUCUUGUUGAAUUAGAUGAGACAUCUCAAGAGCUUGCUCUAGAAAAGGCCAAUAUCAAGCCAAGGUCAGUGAAAACUGUUCUGUGUGACCAACGAAAACAAAUGCUCCAAAAAUACAAAGAAGAAAAGCAACUACAAAAGUUGAAAGAGCAGAGAGAGAAAGCUAAACGAGGGGUGUUUAAAGUGGGUCUUUAUAGACCUGAUACGCCUGGUUUUCUUUCAUCAAACCAGAAUGCUAUGAAAGCUGGGCCACAAAAGACUAUCUCAUCUUCUGCACGGAUUACAAGGUCAAAGGCCAAAGACCUGAUGGAGCAGACUAAGACUUAUAAUGGGAGUGAUGUUCGAGCAGUUCGACCUGGUCAAAGACAAACUUCUGAAAAGAAAGUGUUGGACAGAGAGGAAAAAGUUGUACAGCCUGUAGCACCCACGUCGGUGAGAAUGACUCGAUCAGCUUCUCAGGCAGCAAAGCAGGUUGCUGGAGCAGUCUCAUCCAGCACAGCAAGAAAGCCGUUCUCAAGAGCCACUGGUGAUAAUGAACUAGCAAGACAGGCACUAAAUAAAGGAAGACCCAUCCCCCAAACAGAAACAACACCUAAAAAGGAUAUUUCUCAUAAAGUUGAUCAUGAAGGAAAUAUGUUGGAUUCACAAACUAUUAAAAGUACUACAAAUGUAUUAGAUCCAGAUGGAGUCUCAUUAAAAAUGGAAAACUCACCCAAGACAAAUACUGUAAAAAUAAAAGGGAAGAAUUCCUUUGCGCCAAAGGAUUUUAUGUUUCAGCCCCUGGAAGGUCUGAAGACCUAUCAAGUCACACCCAUGACUCCGAGAAGUGCUGAUGGUUUCUUGACACCCAGUUACACCUGGACCCCUUGGAAAACAGAAGAUGAUAAGACUCAAGAAGCAACAAAAGACAUUUUGGCACUAAAAUGUAAAAUGUCGGCUACCGAGAUAGUACAGCAAGAUUCAAAUAAAUUACAACAUCCUUUGGGUUCUCUAACAGUUUGGAAUGAAGAACAGGUCUUAAAUUAUAACAAAGCUACUACUAAAAAAUCAAAUGGCCUUCCAAGAACAGAGGUCCCAUCACUUGAAAUGAGGGAAGGACAGAUAGCUCAACUGCAACAUGAUGUGCCAUAUUUCAGAAAUAUCCUCCAGUCAGAAACUGAGAAAUUAACAUCAAGUUGCCUUCAGUGGGAGAAGAAGCUGGAAUUGGACAUUCCAGAUGAUGCUAAAGAUCUUAUUCGCACAGCAGUUGGUCAAACAAGACUCCUUAUGAAGGAAAGGUUCAAACAAUUUGAAGGACUAGUGAAUGAUUGUGAAUACAAACGAGGUGAAAAGGAGACUACCUGCACAGAUCUGGACGGGUUCUGGGAUAUGAUUAGUUUCCAGAUAGAAGAUGUAAACCAAAAAUUCAACAAUUUGACCAGACUUGAAGAGUCUGGGUGGCAAAACAAUAGUAAUGCAAGCAAAAAAGUCUCCCGGAAAAAAGUCAUCUCAGGUUUAGUGAAUAAACCAAAACAAGAUGAUGGUGGAAGAAUUGCAGCUAGAAAUCGCUUGGCUGCCAUAAAAAGUGCAAUGAGGGAGAAGAUGAAGCAGGGAGAACAUGCGGAAGCUGCAGCCUCUGUGAUGCCAAAGGAGGUUGAUAAAAUCGUGUUUGAUGCUGGAUUUUUCAGGGUUGAAAGUCCCAUUAAAUCAUUUUCAGGACUUUCCAUUUCUUUUGAAUGUCCUUCUCAAAGACUUAGAACGCCCAAAUCUGUCAGCACAGCUGUGUCUCAGAGCAGGGGUGCGGUGAGCCUCCUAAGACAAACUGCAUCAUCGGAGAGUCCCAGUACCAAAAAUGAACACAAGGAUAAGAAGACUUGGUUUGCAAAUAUUCCUGAAAGCGGGAUCAGCACAGGAGAAGAUGCUCAGUGUCCUGGAUCACAAGAUUUAAUCGAAAUGAAACCCAAUAUCGUCUCACAAGAAAAGAAAACUAAACUUCCUCAGUCAGUACUAUUUGAUAAUAACAGUCUCACUACUGAAUGCCACCUUGUUGAUUCAACAGGCUUGAACUGCAGCAAUCCAUUCACUCAGCCGGAGGGCAGACAUCGAGAACAUUCCCGACACGUUUCCCUUGGUGGUGACCUGAUUUCCUUUUCACCUCUAAGGCCUCCCUGUGGAGAACAACCAGAAGAAUUUUAAAUUUAAAAAUAAAUCCAGGCUUGGCGCUUAUAGCUCAGUGGCUAGGACGCCAGCCACACACACCAGAGCUGGUGGGUUGGAAUCCAGCCCGGGCCUGCCAAACAACAAUGACAACUACAACCAAGAAAUAGCUAGGUGUUAUGGUGGGUGCCUAUAGUCCCAGCUACUUGGGAGGCUGAGGCAAGAGAGUUGCUUAAGCCCAAGAGUUGGAGGUUGCUGUGAGCUGUGAUGCUAUGGCACUCUACUCAAAGUGACUGCUUGAGACUCUGUCUCCAAAAAAAAAAAUCCAAACAUUUUUCUUCAUACUACCAAUGUUGUUAUAUAUUCUUACUAUUAAACAUUUGGAUAUUAUGUACAAUGUUUUAGAUAUGAUACGCUUUCUCAAGGGAAGGGGGGA